CGCCUUCUGUUUUUCUCUCUCAUUCUCCGGUGGCGACGGCGGGGAAGGAGGAGGCAGAGGCAGCAGCAGCCGCGCUGGCUGCAAUGAAUGAUCCCCCAGCUGGGGGAGAGGACUCCAGGUGAGCCUCUGCCCUCGGGAGGGCCGGGACCCCCGGUCGCCCAGGACCUGCAGCCCCCCGCCAUGGAUGCCUAGAGGAGGAGGAGGACAAGGAGAAGACAGCUCUGCCGCCCACCCCCAUCCCAUUUUCCUCUUCCUUUAUCUCAUUGUUGCCGUAGCUGUUUACGGCAGCGCUCCCGCUGCCCCAGCAUGGGGUGGGCUCCGGGUACUGCCAUUCGGUGGGCGCUGCUCCCGCGGCUGCCCGGCGAUUCUGCCUAAUUCUCCCUCCGCAGCCGGUGCAGCGAGGACCGGAGAGCGGUGGAGGCCCGGACUGCAGCAGCGACGGGGCCACCUCCCAGCAUCACCACCCUAGGAGGCUACAGGCGGAUUGAAGAACGGUGCCUGGGGGCUGGGCCGGCCCCGCCGAUCCGGACCUAGGGAGGACAGCAGGACCGCCUAGGCUGCGGAGAGGGGUGCGGGGGUCAGGAAGGACAGAGCAGCAAGAUGGCCAGUAAAACCAAGGCCAGUGAGGCCCUGAAGGUGGUGGCCCGGUGCCGCCCCCUCAGCCGGAAGGAGGAGGCUUCUGGUCACGAGCAGAUCCUGACCAUGGACGUGAAACUGGGCCAGGUGACACUGCGGAACCCCCGCGCUGCCCUGGGGGAACUGCCCAAGACCUUCACCUUUGAUGCCGUGUAUGAUGCCAGCUCCAAGCAGGCAGACUUGUAUGAUGAAACCGUGAGGCCCCUGAUAGACUCGGUGCUUCAAGGUUUCAAUGGCACCGUGUUUGCCUAUGGACAGACCGGCACGGGCAAGACCUACACCAUGCAGGGGACCUGGGUGGAGCCCGAGCAGCGCGGGGUCAUCCCCAAUGCCUUUGAGCAUAUCUUCACCCACAUCUCGCGCUCCCAGAACCAGCAGUACUUGGUCCGGGCCUCCUACCUGGAGAUCUACCAGGAGGAGAUUCGGGACCUGCUCUCCAAGGAGCCUGGCAAGAGGCUAGAGCUGAAGGAGAACCCUGAGACAGGCGUCUACAUCAAGGACCUGUCCUCCUUCGUCACCAAGAAUGUCAAGGAGAUCGAGCACGUGAUGAACCUGGGGAACCAGACCCGGGCGGUGGGUAGUACACACAUGAAUGAGGUCAGCUCCCGCUCCCAUGCCAUCUUUGUCAUCACCGUGGAGUGCAGUGAGCGUGGCUUGGAUGGCCAGGACCACAUCCGUGUGGGCAAGCUCAACCUCGUGGACCUGGCUGGAAGUGAGAGGCAGAACAAGGCAGGCCCCAACGCAGCUGGAGGGACGGCCACGCAGCCCACGGGUGGUGGCGGUGGUGGAGGUGGUGGUGGUAGUGGAGAGAGGCCUAAGGAAGCCUCCAAGAUCAACCUCUCGCUGUCAGCCCUGGGCAACGUGAUCGCUGCUCUGGCGGGCAACAGGAGCACCCAUAUCCCCUACCGGGACUCCAAGCUGACCCGGCUGCUCCAGGACUCUCUGGGGGGGAAUGCCAAGACCAUCAUGGUGGCCACCCUGGGGCCAGCCUCUCACAGCUACGAUGAGAGCCUCUCCACCCUGCGCUUUGCCAACCGGGCCAAGAACAUCAAGAACAAGCCCCGGGUGAACGAGGACCCCAAGGACACGCUGCUGCGGGAAUUCCAGGAGGAGAUCGCCCGCCUGAAGGCCCAGCUGGAGAAGAAGGGGAUGCUGGGAAAGCGGCUCCGGAGGAAGAGCAGCCGCAGGAAGAAGGCCGUGUCAGCCCCGGCUGGGUACCCUGAGGGGCCGGUGAUGGAGGCCUGGGUGGCCGAAGAGGAGGAUGACAACAACAACUACCGCCCGCCCCAGCCCACCCUGGAGUCAGCCUUGGACAAGAACAUGGAGAAUUACCUGCAGCAGCAGGAGCAGCUGGAGGAGGAGAAGGCGGCCAUCCAGGAUGACCGCAGCCUGGUGAGCGAGGAGAAGCGGAAGCUGCUGGAGGAGAAGGAGAAGAUGCUGGAAGACCUGCGGCGGGAGCAGCAGGCCACAGAGCUGCUCGCAGCCAAGUACAAGGCCAUGGAGAGCAAGCUGCUCAUCGGGGGCAGGAACAUCAUGGAUCACACCAAUGAACAGCAGAAGAUGCUGGAACUGAAGAGGCAGGAGAUUGCCGAGCAGAAACGCCGCGAACGGGAAAUGCAGCAGGAGAUGAUGCUCCGAGACGAGGAGACCAUGGAGCUCCGGGGCACUUACACGUCCCUGCAGCAGGAGGUGGAGGUCAAAACCAAGAAACUCAAGAAGCUCUACGCCAAGCUGCAGGCGGUGAAGGCGGAGAUCCAGGACCAGCACGAUGAGUACAUCCGUGUGCGGCAGGACCUGGAAGAGGCACAGAAUGAGCAGACCCGGGAGCUCAAGCUCAAGUACCUAAUCAUCGAGAACUUCAUCCCCCCUGAGGAGAAGAACAAGAUCAUGAACCGGCUUUUCCUAGACUGUGAGGAGGAGCAGUGGAAGUUCCAGCCCCUCAUGCCCGGUGGAGCCAGUAACAGCCAAAUGAAGAAGCGGCCAACAUCUGCAGUGGGCUACAAGAGGCCUAUCAGCCAGUAUGCUCGGGUUGCCAUGGCAAUGGGGUCACACCCCAGGUAUAGGGCUGAGAACAUCAUGUUCCUGGAGUUGGAUGUGUCCCCUCCAGCGGUCUUUGAGAUGGAAUUCUCUCAUGAUCAAGAACAAGACCCCCGUGCAUUACACAUGGAGAGGCUCAUGCGGUUGGACAGCUUUCUGGAAAGACCUUCCACAUCUAAAGUCCGAAAGUCCAGAUCCUGGUGCCAGAGUCCUCAGCGGCCUCCACCUUCCACUGCACAAGGCUCGCUGGCCGCCGCUGCUCUGCUCCCCUCGACAGCGCUAGACCAUGAGUGACAACCUUCAGUCGGGCUGCCCAUCUCCCAGACCCCCCGGACGGGGCAGCCAACCCUGGAUCAUCUCGCCUGCCGCUCGGUGUGCGUGCGUGCGUGCGUGUGUGUGCGCAUGUGCCUAUGUGUGCGGGGUGAGGAUCUGGCAGACCGUGCCUCUGCUGGCUCUUAGCCUCCUUUAUUUAAUUAAUGUUAUUUAUUCAUGGAGCUCAGUUCUUGUGGGAGAGGUGCCCUCGCCUGAGCUUGCCAUGGUCGCCGCACAGCCUCCUCUUCUUCUGACUUUAGACCCCCCGCCCCAAUCAGACCUCAUGCUCCUGCCUGUCAGUUGCCCCCAGAAGGGAGGGCGGCGGUGCCUGAGAAGAGAGUGCUUUUUCUACCCAGCGCGCUCCGUAAUCUCCCUUCUCCUCCUGCACUGCCGGUGAGCAGCUCCUGAGCACUUUCUGGGACUAGAAAAAUGCUAGGUGUCCACCGAGGACAAGAGAUGUCCAUCCUGAUGGUGUUGAGCCUGUGCUUCCGGCGGAGAGAGCCCGCCCUCCACGUUCUGGGUCGCAAACAACCUCUUCUGGUUUCUUGGGCUCCUUUUCAAGGACUCCAGUGACCUCAGCGACACAGCCCAUGCUCUUCAGCUUUGGCAAGAACUCGUGGCUUCCCAAACUCUGCUUCCGGCCCGCCUUCCCAACCCGUGGACGCGAAUUUUGAACCCACCAGUUGCUGCCUCCUUGGGACCUUCAGGAAAUGGAACAGUAAUAGAGACAAUGUGGACAGUCAUGGAGGGACGGCCCUUUGUUUCUGUCCCCUCGGAGAACUAACCUUGGCCGACAAGCCAUCAGGCCAACUCCCCAUCUUUGAGAGGCUGCUCCUUCCUGCUUUCAUCAUUUUCCUUGCAGCUGCCUGGAUCCCCGUUCACAGUGGAAGGGGUCAGUAUCCUUCUCCCUCUGGCUAAACAAAGGUAUCACAGAAUCUGUUGCUUUUCCCCCUCACUGAGCACAGGAGAUGGAGGCCCAGGCGCAACCUGCCAACUCUGCCCAUUACCCCUGUUUCUGAAUCACGUUUGUUGGGCACUGUUUUGUUGACAAGACUGACCCUUUCUUCAGCAUUGUGCAAAUUGGUCCCUAGGGAAGUACUCCUCACUUUCCUUUGUGACAACCCAGUAUGUCUCCAGGUAUCUCGAGUAAAUUUCUG